AUGCUUACUUCCAACAACUCCCUCGAAUUUGUUAUGGACAAGCACUGUGAAAUGGUCAGUCACAGCGGUUCUGCAGACCAAACCCAGUUUUCUGGAAUUGCUUUCGACCCCUUGUGCGAUUUCAACCAAGAGAUUGUCGACGAAAUGCAUGGAGAAGUUGUACUCCGAUCUGUGACAGAUGUCUUUGUCAACCAUGCCGAUAUGGAAUGGACCCGUACCUCGGCCGGAAACCCAGCAGUCACAAACCUCCUCAGUCUCAAAAGUUUCCUGCCAACCGAAGUCAACGAGGCCACAACCAAGACAAUUGUUGCACAGAAGCCAAAGACGAAUCUGCUGGAGAAGGUCGAUCCUGAUUCUGUUCCCACUGCAGAAAACAUAGGUCGAGGUUCGUACCGAAAGUACAACCAAAACCAGGUGAACAAGCUCUUCUCCUUGGUUUUCUCGGAAAACCAGACUGCUGCUGCCGCUGCCAGGGAAACGGGGAUCAAUGUCCGGACUGCCCAGAACUACGUCAGGCUGGCCAGAGAGAAGAUCCAGGCCGAUUUUGAUGCUGCCACAGUGGAGACUGAUGAGUCCAAUGGGCUGGAGACGAUGGAGGUUGAGGAGGUUUCUGCGCCUAAAGAACGAAAACAUGGCAACCAAAAGAUAGCUGUCAUGGAAGAGUUCUCUGGGCUGCAGAUUACCAAAUCAGCAAUCCAGAAGCACUUGGUGAAGAAGUGUGCCCUGACGAUGAAGAAGUUGGAGAAGCUGCCUGAGAAGAGAAACGACACCAACACAAUUGAGAUGAGACGAGACCGCAUUUUGGAGUGGCAACAACUUGCGGAUUUCAACUAUCUGUUGAACUGUGUGUUCAUCGAUGAAGCAGGCUUCAACAUGCACAUCAAGAGAACUUUUGGCCGUUCCGUCAGUGGCACCCCAGCAAAGACAACUGUCCCGACGCAGAGAGGUGUGUCCAUCACCAUCCUUGGUGCAAUGUGCGAGAGAGGGAUCGUCAGCCUCUCGUUGAAGAAACCCACUGCAGUCGCAACCAAGAAGAAGAGAAAGUUGGACAUCUACACCAACGUUGAGGUGAACGGUCGAAUUGGCACCAGAACCCAGCACUACCUCGACUUUCUUAGUCAUACAAUGGACGGGGGGAGCAAAUUCAGAUGGCAAUGGGAGCAAAUUGAGUUGGCAAUGGACGCAAAUUCAAUUUCUAUGGAAGCCAAUCAGAUGUCAAUGGGUUCUAAUUAG